GCGCGUCUGCUUGGUGAACUGGGGGAGCAUAAGCAGAAGAAAACACGUGGAAAUGAAGUGCUGGCAGGACGAAUGGAAAACAUCCAUCACUUACCCGCACCCUCCUGUGACGCAUGCAUGGAGCCAGUGAUGGAGAGGCCCCACCACGGCGGAGGGUGGCUCCUGUCUGGCAUAGUCUGCAUCAACAUUCUGAUUUUGGGCAGUGCCAUGGUCAGCACCAGUGCUUUCAGUAGCGUGGCUGUCACUGUUGUGCACCGCCAAAUCUUCUUGAUCUUCCUGCUUGUGCUCACUAUGAUGUGGAUGGUGUUUUACAUGGUCUUCACCUCCCGACAAGGCCAAGAAGCUUCAGUCAGAGAUGCAAAUGCAGGCCCAGUUUGGCUGAAAAUUGGACUUGUGCUGUUUGGCCUCCUUAGUCUCCUCAUGGACGUCUUCAAGAUUGCCCAUUAUGUCGGCUAUCUACACUGCGAUUCAGCCGUUAAAGUGGCCAUGCCUGCUGUUCAAGCGGCGUAUCUGUUCAUCCAGGUUCCUGAAUUUCUAGGAACAUUAUUUCGAUCUAAUGCAUGA